GAGAGUAUUCAGAGUAGCUCUCACGUGGAUCGUGGUGGACCGAGGGCACAGCAAGGACGGCCGGUUGGAUCGGCAUUGACCUCUUCGACAUCGUCUCAGCUCCAAACCCGUUCAGCUCCGCUGUAAAAUAGCAGAAAAAGAAAGAUAAAGAUGUUCAACUCCCCAUUGGUUGAAAAGUGACGUAUUAUCCUACGCUGCCCGGUAGAUGACACAAGGUGGCAUAGCAUAACUUUUGAUGGAAUGAGAAAUUGAAAGAAAAUUACAACUAAGGGUCGCCCUUGUGACAUGAGGAGACUUGGAAAGUGCCUUGGCAUCAUGGUGAAGGAAUAAGAAGUUGACAUUGAAGACUGAUCCACAACCAAUCCUCAUGCUGUUGGAACAAUAUUGAGGUGACCCUGACCAUACUGUGUAGUUAAACGGAGAAUUCAGUCGACCAUCAGGAAAUUUCGUUGGUUACCUGCAAGCCCCGUUGAUUCUCAGGGCCGUUUGUUAUCUUUGAAAAGAUUUCACAGAUUAGUGUUUGAAGCUCAAUUAUCAUACAUCUUGAAAAGUUGAGGCUGGAGGCAAAAAAGUGAUUCAACAAAGAAUAAAUCAAGAUCGUUCCUGCAAACAGAACUAUGGACCGCAUCCAGUGUCGAGACAAACAGAUCACCCUGCUUAGUAAUCUGUUCGGGCAGCCCAAUCAGCUGACAGUUCCAGCAAUAUUUCUGUACGGACACACAGCUACAGGAAAGUCCCUUGUCCUGAACUCAUUGCUAGCCAAUGCCAAGCUGCCACAUGUUCUUGUCAACUGUGUUGAGUGCUACAGUCAACGAUUUCUUUAUGAACACAUCUUGAAUGUCCUCCAUAGUGGUUCGGAGACAGUUCUUGAGACUUCACAGCUGAUAAAAUGCGACAACAUGAAUGAUUUUGUGCGACUGUUAAAACAGGAAAUGAUCUCAAAAGGAUUGGAGAAGCAGACACUGUAUAUUGUGCUUGACAAAGCUGAGCGUCUCCGUGACAUGGAGCAGAACAUUCUCCCAGCAUUCCUCAGGCUUCAGGAAUUGACUGGUUUGAAUAUCUGCAUGAUCCUCAUGUCAGAGAUUGUGUGGGAGAAGUACAGAUUUGGGACGGGCUUCUGUGAUCCGCUUGUCAUUCAUUUCCCAGAUUACUCUAAAGAUGAGCUGGUACAGAUAAUAUGCAGUGAAGUACCUGAAGGCUACCCUGAAGGCUUUUAUAACAUGUACGUGAAUCUCGUACUAAGCAUCUUCCAUUAUGCCUGCAGAAACUUGAAGGAGUUGAAGCAUUUGGUUAUCCUAAAUUUCAAGACGUAUGUACAACCCAUAACCAGCGGUGAUGCGACCAUUGGUGACACAAAAAAGCUAUGGAAGCAUAUUGAACCCCAUCUGAAGAAGGCGUUACACACGCUUUAUCUGCGGGAGGUUUCCAGCACUCAAUGGGAGAGAUACCAAGAAGAAAUGGAAACAUCAGAGAAUGUCGCCCUGCAGGGGAUAUCACACCGGUCCCACGUAGACCUGCCCUUCUACUCCAAGUAUCUUCUCAUUGCGGCCUAUCUAGCCUCAUAUAAUCCGGCAAAAUCAGACAAGAAAUUCUUCGCCAAAAAUUCCGGCAAAAUUAACAAGAGGUUGAAGCUUAACCAGGCAAAGAGGAAGGAAAGGACAAGCAACCACAUGCUAGGCCCGAAACCAUUUCCCCUCGACCGCUUGAUGGCCAUUUUCUACUCCAUUGUUGAAGGGAGAGUAGCGCCUACUGCAAAUAUUUUCAUGCAGAUCACCUCAUUGGUCAGUCUCCAUUUCCUGGGUCACGCGACUGGAGAGGACCAAAUAGAGCAGCCGAAAUACAAGUGUCUAGUGUCCCUAGACUUCAUCAAGGCCGUUUCUAGGACGGUGAAUUUUGAAGUGUCAAGAUACCUGUAUGAUUUUGCAUGAGACGGACAAGGGACGAACAAAAUGUAAAAAGACUGAAAAACUUGGCGUAAAAAUCAUAUUUGUGUUAAUAACAAUCAGACAUUAAAAUUCAGUGGAAGUUUUGAUGGUACCAACAAUUUGACAGAGUGUUGUCAUUUGGAAUUAUAAUGUGAUUAUUGAAGAUGUGCUUUAUGACAAACUGGGAUACUUGUGUUCAAAAAAUAAUUUUGUUUUUAUGACAUCCUUGGAAUAAUUCAAAUUAUUAGUUGUACCAAUAUCAUGAUACUGUAAAAAUUGAAUGUUUUUGUGCCGAAAAUUGCGAUACUCUGUGACUUGAAGAGUGAAUACAGAAUACAGGACUGAUAUUUAGAUAAAGAUUCAUUGCCUCAAGUGUGGAUUUGGGGAAAAUGUUGUGAAAUCAGGAUUAUGAGGGUUGAUUUACAUGCACUGUAUUGUUUUAAUUCAUUGUUUGAUUUAGAAUAUGUGCAUGAGAAUUUAAAAAACAAAGAAGUUCAAGUUACAGAACUGAAGUAUUUUACCUCACUGUUUACAUGAGAAAUAAGGGAAACUUGUAUUUUAUGUGAUGGACUCAAUAACUUUUCUUUCAUAAAGUAUAGAAAACUAAAGAGUGAACUUGAAAAGCACAGGAACUGUUGUAUGCUAUAUACUAUAUGCUUGGUUAAUACCACCAUUAUGUGUUCAUUGACAAUUAUUCUUAAAUAAAUAAUCGAACAGGU